AUGUUGAGGUGUGAGGUCAUGAGGUCCGAGUACUCCGUGGUGUUGACCAUCCGGGCCUUGGGUGAUUUCGACCGUUGGAUCUAUCACUGGGCUGACGAGUCCCAGGCUCUCAAGCCUCAACGGCUCUUCGACGAGCUUGCCUUCUUCUAUCCGCUUGUCCUGACCCAGGACGUAGCGUGCGGAUCUAUGGUCAGCUUUGAGGUGAUAUCAUAUCCCCAUAGACCAAACCGCCUGCCUUUGGAUUUCGGGAAUGUGCGCAUGAAGCGCUAUAUGUCUAGCGUUGGUUCUUCGGUGGUGUAG